CGGCGGCGAGUCCAUAUCGUCCCCGGCGCGGUCCAUCGCGGGUGGCAGUCCUAUGCUCUGGCCCCAGCGCCCCAAGGCUGCUGCCCUGCGAUGCGCGCGCUUCUCUCUCGGGGCGUUCUCCGGCUCCGUGCCCUCGGGGGCCACUUCAUAGCCGCGGGCCCGCUCGUCCACAGCCCCGGCCGGCCCGCUGCCACCGCCCGGCUGCUUCUGGGCUCAGCCAGGCGGCGGCCGGAGCCCCGGAGCGCUCGGGAGGGCGCGGGCGGCGACAGAAGCCCCAAGAGGCGACGCGCGGGCCGGCCGGGCCGGGGUGGCGGGGCGCGCGGCCGGAGCCCAGCAGAGCGGGCCAGCGCGUGGUGCCCUCGGCGCUGGCGGCGGCGGAUGCGCGGUGCGGCCGCGGCUGUGACAGCGCCUCCCGCCCCGCCCCCACGCGCCCCGCCCCCGCGAGCCCGAGCUGCCGGCGGGACCAGAGCCACGAGCGGUCCGUACCAACCUCCCGGGCUGAGGCGGGGGCCGACGCUGGACCCCUCCCCGAGCUUGGUAUCACCUCCCCGCGCUCCCCGCAGUAGCCCUCCCGCUGGGGCGACUUGGGCUUCGGGUGUUGGAGCGGCUGCGGGUGGGGCCCAGGGCACCCCAGCUUUGGCUCGAAGGGUGAGGGCCUCGACCUCAAAAGCCGAAGUUUCUCGAAGAGGGAGGAACCGAACUUUACCUGAAUGACCUGCCUCUGGCCUUCCCAGCUUCCAUGCUCACUUGAGUCAAUUCUGCACACAAUCUGCCUCUCUGGAAGACCCUAAUGCAAGUGUUUUAAAUUUGCUAAAUGAUUAUUGCACAGAAAGAGAGCCGAAAAGCAAAGGCAGAGAGUAGCCUUGCAGAGUCACACGAUGAGAGAACAUGCUUUGUAACAUGUACACGAUG